AUGGCAACUUCCUGUGGAGAAAUUCCUGAUGAAGAUUUAACUAUGUGCUCAAUUUGUGUCGAGAAAUUUAAAACACCGCGAUGUUUGCCGUGUAUGCAUUCCUUUUGUCACAAAUGUUUGACUUCCUACAUUGAGAGCAGUUGUUUAUCUAUGGCGCCUCGUUUGGGAUUUAAUUGUCCUUUGUGUCGUGAGUAUGUUCCAAAUAAUGGCGCAUUUGAUAACCCAGAGGAGUGGGCAAAGAAUUUUCCCUUGAAUGACGUUUUAGAAAGCCUUUUAGUGAAAUCAAAGGAGCAGCUCUGUGCUGCUUGUUUACGAGAUAACGAAACUGAAUCUGCCACUGGAUUUUGUCUAUCUUGUCUGGAAUAUUUAUGCACAAUGUGCACAAAAUAUCACAGAAAACAUUUGCUCUCUAGAGAUCAUACUGUAUGUCAGAAGGACGAUAUACAAUUGACAAAAAUGCAUAUAUUUGGAAAAUAUUUCAGAUGUACUGAGCACAGUAAAAAAAUAAGUUUAUUUUGUAACGACCAUGAACAACCAUGUUGUUUAAUAUGUACUGGAACGUGCGGAACAAAGCAUAGGGAAUGCAAAAGUAUUGAUUCUAUUGAGGAAGCUGCUUUGAAAGUUAAAAAUAGCGGAAAAUUGGAAUCUUUGAUAAAAGAAGUUAAAAUCAUAGAAAGGAAAUUGAAAGAUGCCAUGCAAGAACAGUCGAAGAAAAUAACAGAGCUAGAAGAUGCCGUUGAUGAAAUGACAAACCAAACUGAAAAGGAAUUUAAGGAACUUGUUGACCACAUUGAAACCUUGAAAAACCAACAUCUUGAUGAACUAGCAGUCGCUCAAAAGAAAGGAAGACAAGAAAUGGAACAAUGUACCAGAGCACUGAGUGAAGGAAUGGAUUGUGUGAAUUACUGUGUUCAAAAUGUAGAAAGAGCCAGGGAUACAGAAAAUGAAAUCGAAAUACUAGUUAAUUAUUGCAUGGCAAAGGAGACGGCCUUACAGCUGAAGUCAAAGAAGAAUGUGUUGCUUAAUUUAAGUGGGGUGGUAUUGCCUCAUACCCCUGAACUGAGCAUUCAGGAAAAGCAAGUUUUCAUAUUUACGGGCACUUUUCUCGCUAACAACACUUUUGCAACUCCUGACCACAGCGUCAAUGUUACUGCAAUAUCAGGAGAGGGAGACAUUGCUUGGAAGUAUGAACAUCACAACAUGAAAGGGCCAUGUGACCUUGAUAAAGAUAAUGUUGGUAAUAUUGUUGUUGCAGCUAGGGAGAGCAAUAAUAUUCAUAUAUUAUCUAGUGCAGGUGCUGAAGGGGAGGGGGUGUCUGACGGUCCUGCCUGGUUGUGGUUACCUGCGGAUGGCCGGAUAAUGGUAUUCAGACGUUAG